AUGGGCUCCAACCAACCGCAACCUCCCAAGACCAUGAAGGCGGGACAGUGGGAUCCCAAACUUCGAAAAGUCGUUGUGAAUGAAGUUCCAGUUCCGGAGCCUGGCGAGAAUGAGUUUCUCGUCAAGAUGAGGUCGGCGUCUUUAUGCCAUUCCGACAUGUUGGCCAUCCACCAGGCCGAGCAGACUGUGACACUCGGUCAUGAAGGUGUUGGCCAUGUAGUGUCGAUGCAUCCUUCGGCUAAGGGGAAAGGCUUCCAAUAUGGCGAUGCUGUUGGCUUUCUCUACAUCAGAGGAUGUUGCUUCACAUGCCCCGGAUGCCAGGUACACAACCUCCACUGCGAGACGGGCAAGCAACUCCUUCAAGGUUUCGUCGUCGAUGGCUUCUUCGCCGAAUACGCGCUCGUGGACUACCACAAUGCUGUCGUUCUCGAUGAGAAUAAGUGGAACAUGGAUGCAGCUUCGGCCGUCUUCUGCGCGGGGAUCACUGCGUUCCACUCCGUCGACAGCUGCGAGCUUUCACCGGGCGACUGGUUCGGCGUCGUUGGCUGCGGAGGACUAGGUCAGCUUGCGACUCAAUACGCCAAAGCCAUGGGGAUGAGGGUCGUUGGCAUUGACGUCGCCGACGCGAAUCUCGAGGAGACCAAAAAGCAAGGUGCCGACGCCGUCUAUAACUCAAUGUCCAAUCCCAACUGGGCACAAGACAUCAAGAAGCUGACAGGAGGCGGCGUUCAAGCCGUCGCCGUCUACACAAAUGCACCGCCCGCUUUCGCCUCGGCUCCAUCCUGCUUGGCGUUAGGAGGUACGCUUAUGAUCAUUGGGGUUUCUAAAGACCCCAUCAAGAUUGACGGGAUGGAUCUCCUACUGGGAAGAUACAAGAUCAAGGCCGACAGUACUAGCACUCCUCAGCGGAUGCACAAGGCUGUCGAGUUUACAGCUGAACACGGAAUCAUGCCCGUAGUAGAGAUACGGGAUAGUCUGGACGACUUAGCUGCCAUGGUUGAUGAUAUGGAGCGAGGAAAAGUAACCAAGAGGCAAGGUAUUGCCUUCAAGUAG